UUCGUUUUGAUUUUACCAGUAUCGUAUUGUGGUGUACUUGUUCGUAGUCCUGUUUAUAUUGCGCACAAUUGUAAUGUAUUUGUUGUGAUCGAGUUGGAAAAAAAAUUAUGCCAUUUAUUUCGAAAGAUUGGCGGUCUCCGGGCGAAGAAUGGGUGAAAACCGAAGAAGGAUGGGAAAAGAAGAAAAUCCUAGAAUGUAGUAAUUUAUCGUUAAUCGAACGACAUAAUAACUUCGACAGGUAUUCGAACGAAGAAAACACAUGUACCAAUCCGGUGAAUACGUCAUGGAUGCAAGAAAAUUGUUUAAACGAAGAUGACGAUUCGAACAAAGAAAAUCAAAUCGAUAAUUCGCAGAACAAUAUAAUAGGAGACGGAACAGUACAGCCACAUUGUCAUAUUACGAUUAAAUGCACCAAAGAAAUCGCCGGAUUUAACGGUUUAAGCGACGCUUUCAAAAGAUUAGACUUCAAAUCGGCUGUGCACGAUGUUCGUAGGUUUAAUUAUAUUUGCAAAUUAUUAGACUUACUUAUUACGUAUAAACUGCCGGCUCUUUCUGGAUGCGCUCAAAAGGUGCUAUUUAAAAUGCUGGAAGAAGUCGCCCAACAAGUUUCGACCAGUCAACAGAAUAUACAUUUGUUGAAUAAACUCUUGGAUCAGUUACGACUGAUGAUUAAUUGCGCUUGUUGGGGUUACCCUUUGGGAUCCACGCAACUUUGGGAGAAUCAUCUUAAUACUAUUAAUCGAAUCGUAGAUAUUGCGAAUAGUAUACAAAUACGCGAACCGAGUGACGAAUCGUUUCCUAAAUUAGAAAAUCUGCCCGAAGAAUGCGUUCGAGAGAUAUUAUUAAGGUUGGCAGACCAUAAAGACUUAGAAGCGAGCAGUAAAGCGUAUUCGGUGAUGGCUCGAGUAUGCGACGAACAAAGAAUUUGGAGAGAACUAUGCUGCUUCCAUUUUACCCAACAACAAAUUAAUUUCGUUCUAGACUCGAACGAACCACGAUCGUCGAUCGAUUGGCAAAGAAUUUACCAUAAAUUAAGGAAGGCAUUUGGACUCCGAGAAGAGUACGCUGAAAUAAUUCAGUUGUGUAGAAACUGCAGGUGUUUAUUUUGGAAAAGCAUAGGCCAUCCUUGUAUCGCUGACAAAGAUCCCAAUUUUGGUGAAAAACUACAAGAUGUUGAUAAGAAUUCGCUUCAUGUACCAAUUCCUCCUCAAGCCUUUUUGACAUUUUUCUCAUUAUAAGCCUAAACUUUCAUGGACCUGGUUGUGAAAAUCAACGCAGCAGAGUGGCAGCUUGUCGUGUGUAUUUUACCUAUAUGUAGGAGUGCACUUAUUCGUUUGUUUGUGUGUUUUUGUUUUUUUUUUGUUAUUUUUUCUUUUCUUUUUUUAGUUUAACAUUAUACGCAUGAAUUUACUAGGUGAAACCUGUAAUAUUAUAUUAUUCUGUACAAGUUUAUAAGAGAAAAUAUAUUAACUUCUUUUUCUUUAACUUGCGAAAUGAAAAUGCCAAAUGUGUAUUCCAAACGUCCUCCAAAAUGUAAAGAAAUCCAUGCUGAGGUUCUCUUCUUCUUUUUGACGCGUUAUUGAAUUUUUUUCUUUGUAUUUUCAUUAAUGUUCAUCCAGUAUUUUGUUGUUAAAUUAUACGUUAAAUGUAAAA